GAGACGCAAUCCGUGUCAAUUGCCGGGCGACGCAGCUCCGAGCAGAGGCCGGAGCCCGAGUGUGUCCGCGGCUUCUCUCCCUGGACGCGUCCGGCCUCUUCGGUCCGGUGGACGGUUUGAGUCGGAGUGAAGCCUGUUGCCUGCGGCUCGUCUCUCUGCGUCGUCGUCGUCGCGUGUGUGUGUGUGUGUGUGCGUGCUUGUGCGUGUUUCUGCGCCUGGAUGACAGGUGUUCCCGGGGAAGAGGAGCGCGCGGGAUGACGCCUGUCGCUGCGGUCGCUCGACGCAGGAGGUGCAUCAGGGAGGUUUCUGCCUUUGUUUUCUUAUUGUUUCUGCCGUAGACACCGAGAGGCGCAGAGGAGAAACCAAACAAACACAGAAUGAGGACACGUUCCCUCCCGAGAAGCGUCAAUAACGAUGGAGAAUAAUUAAUCCCUCGGGGGCCAGGUUAAUUGGUUAAGGGGGUUUUACGCGACUAAGCGCAGACUCGUUGCAUUUGUGAUGCCCUGCGUCGGUUCGCAGUGAGCGGCUGCGGGUUGUCUGGUUUUUAUUCUAAGGAGCGGAGCGGACUGUCUGGCUCAGAAUAAAGAUGGUGUUCCGGAGUGAGGAGAUGUGUCUGGCGCAACUGUUCCUGCAGUCCGGCUCUGAAUAUGACUGCAUCAGUGAGCUGGGAGAACUGGGGCUGGUCGAGUUCCGAGAUCUCAACCCGAGUGUCAGCUCGUUCCAGCGGCGCUUCGUCAGCGAAAUCAAGAGAUGCGAUGAGAUGGAGAGGAUUCUGGGUUAUCUGCUGAGGGAAAUCCAGAAGGCUCAUAUAGCCGUUCCAGAGGAGGAAGAGAGUCCCAUCGCUCCACCUCCCAGACAAGUCCUGGAGAUCAUGGAGCAGCUCCAGCGGCUGGAGAUGGAGCUCAGCGAGGUGGCGAAGAACAAGGAGAAGCUUCGGCGGAACCUCCUGGAGCUCACCGAGUACACGCACAUGCUGAAGAUCACGCGGACCUUCAUACACAGCCGCUCCAGACAUGAGGCUAUUGGUCCUCAGUAUGAAGAAUUCCCCACUAUGGAGACCGACUCGGUGAGCGGAUGCACCGGUAUGCAAAGACUUGGAGCCAAGCUGGGGUUUGUGUCGGGUCUUAUCCAGCGGGUGAAGGUCGAGGCCUUCGAGCGCAUGUUGUGGAGAGUGUGUAAAGGUUACACCAUCCUCAGCUACGCAGAAGUGGAUGAGAACCUCACCGAUCUUGACACGGGUGAGAUAAGCAAAAGUGUCGUGUUUCUCAUCUCUUUCUGGGGAGACCAGAUCGGACAGAAAGUUCAAAAGAUCUGCGACUGUUACCACUGCCACCUCUAUCCACACCCUGAGAACGAUGAGGAGCGGGCAGAUGUGUUGGACAGUUUAAAGACACGCAUCCAGGACCUUAACAAUGUGCUGCACCGCACUGAGGACUACUUGAGGCAGGUUCUGCAGAAAGCGUCAGAGUCGGUCUACACCUGGGUGGUGCAGGUGAAAAAGAUGAAGGCCAUCCACCACAUCCUUAACCUCUGCAGCUUCGACGUCACCAACAAGUGUCUGAUCGCUGAAGUGUGGUGUCCCGUCAGUGACCUGGCAAACCUGCGGGGGGCGCUAGAAGAGGGAGCGAGAAAAGGUGAUGCCACUGUACCAUCCUUUGUGAACCGCAUCCCGAGCACCGACCCUCCACCGACCAUGUUAAGAACCAACAAGUUCACAUCUGGGUUUCAGAGCAUUGUGGAGGCUUAUGGGGUGGGGGACUAUCGCGAGGUAAGCCCAGCUCCCUUCACCAUCAUCACGUUCCCCUUUCUGUUCGCUGUGAUGUUCGGUGACCUUGGACACGGGAUGGUAAUGAGCCUCUUUGCCUUGUGGAUGGUGCUGACGGAAAAAAAGCAGAAGAAGAAACGCUCCAGCAACGAGAUAUGGACGACGUUUUUCAACGGGCGUUACAUCAUCCUGAUGAUGGGGCUUUUCUCCAUCUACACCGGGCUCAUUUACAACGACUGCUUCUCCAAGUCUCUCAACAUAUUCGGCUCCGGCUGGAGUGUGAAGGCUAUGUUCACAAAUCAGCAGUGGACAAACAAAACGCUCCGAACAAACGCUUUGCUCACGUUAGACCCAAAUGUCAGUGGUGUUUUCGUUGGACCGUACCCAUUUGGAAUUGAUCCUAUAUGGAACAUGGCGGUGAACCGACUGUCCUUCCUCAACUCCUACAAGAUGAAGAUGUCCGUUGUCAUCGGGGUCAUCCACAUGAGCUUUGGAGUGGUGCUGAGUGUCUUCAAUCACUUGCACUUCCGACAGAAAUUCAACGUAUAUCUGCUGUUCCUGCCUGAGCUGCUGUUCCUGCUCUGUCUCUUUGGCUACCUGGUCUUCAUGAUUAUCUACAAGUGGUUGGCGUUCGGCGCCCGGGACUCCAGCCAGGCUCCCAGCAUCCUCAUCCACUUCAUCAACAUGUUCGUCAUGCAGGGGAAUGAUAUCGCUCCUCUCUUCCCAGGACAGAUCGGGCUGCAAAUCUUCUUGGUUGUAAUAGCGAUGCUGUCGGUUCCUGUGAUGCUGUUAGGAAAGCCUCUCUACUUGUACUGGCUGUAUCGUGGAGGCAAAGGCCUGCGCAGACGCAGAGGUUAUGAGAGGGUGAGGCGUGUAAGUGAGGAUGAUAAUUCCACAGCGCCAGCCUAUGAAGAUGAUGAAGAGGAGGGAUUUGACGAAAUAACCGGCAGAGAAGCUCUCCCCAAAGAGUUCGACUUCGCAGAUGUGCUCCUGCACCAGGCCAUUCACACCAUAGAGUACUGCCUGGGCUGCAUUUCCAACACUGCAUCCUACCUGCGUCUCUGGGCUCUCAGCUUGGCUCACGCCCAGCUGUCAGAGGUGUUGUGGUCCAUGGUGAUGCGUCUGGGUCUGAGGGUCACCACAAGAGUCGGGGUCCUGUUCUUGGUGCCUGUGUUUGGCCUCUUUGCCGUGCUCACCGUGUCCAUCCUGCUCGUCAUGGAAGGCUUGUCGGCGUUCCUCCAUGCUCUCCGCCUCCACUGGGUGGAGUUUCAGAACAAAUUCUACCACGGAACCGGUGUCAAGUUCAUUCCCUUCGACUUCUCCCUCCUGCCGUCUGUCUUUGAGCAAGAUGGUUUACUUUAAAAAAUGAAAAGGACUCCAAAGUGCUGGAUAUGAGUCGGGAGCAGACAAUAUCGAUGGGACAGACGCUGGAAGCUGGAACAAUUCACACUGUGACAACAAACCUGGGAGACGGUGGAUUGAACCUCACUCUUGUAGCAACAUUUUUCACCACGACAAUUUUUAAAAUCGUAUCGGCUGUGCUGACUGCCUUACUACUGUACCCAGCAGACCUCUGAAUAUACAGAGGUUCAAAAAGUUUGUUCUGUCCUUUGAGUUUGAGGUGAGACAUCGCUCAGCAUUACGUCUCACACCAGUUGGGUUUCAAUUUUGAAUAUUUCAUUUGCAUCGUGCUGCGUAAAACUGGUUCUGUAUUAUUUGCAACAUGGUAUUUAAAAUGAAGGGUUAAACGGUGCGCUGCUAAGUUCAAGUAUGUUACCGGAGAACAUAUCAAGCAUCCUUAUGUAGUGCCAUAGAUUUAUUUCUGAUGAAGAUGAUGAUAUGGGGAUGCUUCUGGGUUAUAUACAACUGCACCUCCAUGUGGUGAAGGAAAAGCUGCGGGCAUCAACAUCUAAAAAAACAAAACACAUUACAACCCUUUUUGAGGCAUAUUGUCACAAAGCACUUUGCAGAAAUGAUUGUACAAUUUCAAGUUUUCACUAAUGACUGUGAUGAUGCCAAAUGAAAAUAAUCUGCUUCUUUACUUAUUAAUGCGUUUAUUUAAAUGGAGCCUCCCCUGUAACCGAUACCAGAUACUCCAGAUUAAAGUCAAGAAGCCUUUGGUCUUUCUUUGGUGAUAUUGCUUAUUAUACUUGUUAAAGGUUAUAUAUACAAGGUUUUUAAUAUGAAUAUAGCAGUAAAGACAUAGAGGAGUAAUGGCUUCCUGAGCAGAGAAUGAAGUCUCAGCUGUUUUCUUCUCUGUUCUUUGUUUUGGUAGCUGGUCCGGGUGCGUGUGAUGUAAAGAUGACAUCACAGCUACUUCUUAUUUUUAUUCUGUACAGCACAGCUCUGUUAAAGCAACACUAUGCUACGUUUUUUUUUUUUUAACCUUAAAACAGCAGCUUUAAAUUUAUCUUGACGGAACACUGACUUGGAAAUAGGGAGAAUGGUGACACCUUCAUUCCCACUCCUCACCCUGAUAGUUGUACCUUUAUCCCCAUUAUUCUGGGCGCUGUUGCUCAGUAAAAGUUACAUAGUGUUGCUUUAAUGAGAGCGUGCUGUGCUUACUCCUUCAAUAAGAAAAAACAAACACUACACAACCGAGCAAAUCGUCUCACCCGAAGGCUCUGACACUGACAGGAUCUCCAACCUGAGCUGGAUUGUUUGUUUGCUGGCUCUCUUGUAUACAGGGUAAAGUUACUCAGUUGUGCUUCUGCUUGUGUGUUUAGCUGCUGCUUUCCCUGGCCACUGCAUCAUUAGAACACAAAGGGAGUGCGACAUCUAGUGGCAGUGAAUAUUGUAUAUAUAACCUUUAAUAAUGAUUAUUAUUCAUUGUAUUUAUUUAAAUUAUCGUCUGUACAAGAGUCAAAUAUUUUACCAUUUUGAUGUGUUGUUUUGAGAAAUGCAAAGCAAAUAAAAGCAUUCAUGUUCAAUGCCA